CUCACCCAGGCUAUUCCGGAAGAAAACACUAUCCAAACCCUGUGCACUGACAUCCUGCAAUGUCUGGACACCUCAGUCACUGGAAUGACCCAAGUGUUAUGGCCAAGGCUUCUCGAAUAUGUGGUGCCAGCUCAGUACACUGGUACUUUGAAGCCUCUCUGCAGAUGCCUUAGGGAGCUGGCUGAGAAAAAGCAGCAGGAAGGAGAAGAAGCUGCUUCCCUCGACUACAGUGGACCAGUGAAACUCCCUACACCCCAGGGGCUGCUGGCACGACUUCUGGUAGUAGCCUCGUCCCCUUAUGCAGGAGAAGGACACGGAUGUGCUGCCUUGCAGUUACUACAGGCCCUGCACCAAAAUAUCCAUGCAGCAGUGGGUGAGACGUGGGUAGUAAAGAUCCCAUCUCUGCUGCAGUACAUUGAAGGAAACACAGAAAAUUCCCUGGACCAUGCGCGGUGGGAGCACAUGCUGCUUCAGUUCCUAAGAACAUCUCUGGCGAUGAUAGACGACAGUGCCUGGAAGUUUCCUGUAUAA